UAGGCGCGGGGAUAAAACCGCCCCGCCAGCGAGCGCCCUUUAUACUGGCGUGCGGAGCGGCGGCAGCAGCGAGCGGCGGGACCGAGCAUCACCGCGCGGCGACACCGAGUCACCUGCCAACAUGUCCGACAAACCAGACAUGGCUGAGAUCGAGAAAUUUGACAAGUCCAAAUUGAAGAAGACAGAGACGCAAGAGAAAAACCCGCUGCCUUCAAAAGAAACAAUUGAACAGGAGAAGCAAGCGGGUGAAUCGUAAUGAAAUCUGCCCUUCCAAAUUAUGCACUGUACAUUCCACAAGCAUUGCCUUC